AUGCUCUCUGUCGGGGGGUGUCUCUGUCUGUGGGAUGGGGGAAUCUCGGGGGAGGGGGGUGUGCGUUGCCUUGUGGGGGUGUCUGUGCGUCCAUCUCUCACCCUUUCUGCUGCUGCCCCCCUGGUCUGGCGCAGGGUGAAGCACCUCAUCCUGGUGGACCCCUGGGGCUUCCCCGUGCGCCCCACCGACCCCAGCCAGAUCCGACCCCCCCCAACCUGGGUGAAGGCCAUGGCGGCUGUCCUGGGGCGCUCCAACCCCCUGGCUGUGCUGAGGGUCGCCGGGCCCUGGGGCCCUGGCCUCGUCCAGCGCUUCCGUCCUGACUUCAAGCAGAAAUUUGCCGAGUUCUUUGAGGACGACACCAUCUCGGAGUACAUCUACCACUGCAACGCCCAGGCACCCAGUGGCGAGACGGCGUUCAAAGCGAUGACGCAGGCGCUGGGCUGGGCGCGCCGGCCCAUGCUGGAGCGGAUCCACCUGCUCCCGCGGGAACUGCCCAUCACCCUGAUCUACGGCGCCGAGUCCUGGAUCGACACCAGCACCGGGCGCCGCGUGCGGGAGCUGCGGCCUGGGAGCUACGUCCGGCACCUGGCCAUCGCUGGCGCCUCACAUCACGUCUAUGCUGACCAGCCUGCCGCCUUCAACGCGGCCGUGCAGGAGAUCUGCGACUCUGUGGACUGAUGGGCCGACCCCACCCCAACGUGGGGGUACAGACCCCCUCCCCAGCGGGGCUGGGCCACAGGCUACAUCCCCCUGUGCCUCCCCAGAGUCACCCGCUCCCCAGCCACCUAGGCUCCUUCGCUGCCACUGAAGUCUCGGGGCCGCAAGUUGGGGGGAAGGGGGGACGCAUCAAGAUUGUGCUGAUUGAGGGUUUUAUUCCUCAGUCUCCUGGCUGAUUCAUUCCCCCCUUUCCCUUUGCUUCUCGCUCUCCUGGGCUAUCCCUGUCCCCUGUGGCGGGGGAGGACUGGUCCUUGAGAUGUCGGGGAGAUGUGGGGGGGCAGGGGCCUGGGACCUGGGGGCCUUUCCCCUCCACGGGUGCUAGAUGUGACCCGGCCCCAGGGCGGGAGACCGGCUCUCUGUGGAAGAGGGGCAAAUGGAGCCCCUCCCCCCCCAGCCAUCUGAAUCUCCCUCUGCUCUGUGAGCCUCCUGAUGUGCCUUAGGCUGCUGCAGCCACCUCUGGGGCACGAGGCCCUGUGGUCGUGUGUGCGCGACGCACAGUUUUGAAUGCACAUGGCUGGCAAGCUGCCAGGGGUCCUUUGCCCCUGUUGUGUCCCCGUCAGCCCCGCAGCCUGUGCGGGACUGAACAGCACCGCCGGCUGCCCCUGCCCCAGCUCUGCCCUGGGCUUGGGUUGGGCGGGGAGAGGACACGAUACCGAAGCCCAAGGGAUCGUCCCACGCUGGGACUGGGUGUGUCCAUCUAACGGUGCCAUGUUCUCCCGUGGGCCACACCGCGGGGCUUUGUACGGGAACCGCCCCUUUGUACCAAGUUUCUAUCUUAAUAAACAAAACCACA